CCUGUAGCGGCAGCAAUGGCGACCGCGUCGGAGCCGGAGGCGGAGGACCCGCUGUGGAGCUUCGUGCGGGUUCUGGAGAAGCGGGAUGGGACAGCCCUUCGGCUACAGCAGUACGGCUCCGGAGGCGUGGGUUGCGUGGUGUGGGACGCCGCCAUCGUCCUUUCCAAGUACCUGGAGACGCCGGCGUUUUCCGGCGACGGGGCCCACGCGCUGAGUCGCCGCUCGGUGCUGGAGCUGGGCUCGGGCACCGGGGCUGUGGGACUCAUGGCCGCGACCCUCGGGGCAGAUGUUGUAGUCACCGAUCUCGAGGAGCUGCAAGACUUGCUGAAAAUGAACAUUAAUAUGAACAAGCAUCUUGUGACUGGUUCUGUUCAAGCCAAGGUACUGAAAUGGGGGGAAGAACUAGAAGACUUGACUUCACCAGACUACAUUUUGAUGGCUGACUGCAUAUACUAUGAGGAGUCAUUGGAACCAUUGCUAAAAACAUUAAAAGAGCUCAGUGGAUCUGAAACAUGUAUUAUAUGUUGCUAUGAACAACGUACAAUGGGGAAAAAUCCAGAAAUUGAGAAGAAAUAUUUUGAGCUCCUCCAACUAGACUUUGACUUUGAGGAAAUCCCUUUGGACAAACAUGAUGAGGAAUACCGAAGUGAAGACAUUCGUAUUAUAUACAUCAAAAAGAAAAAAUCAAAACUACCAUCGUGAAACUCUUUUCCAUCUUACUCACGCCCCUAACACCCGGCAUAAGGUAAAGAUGUGAACAGAGCAUGUGCAUACGGCAUGGCAAGAUUGCCUUUACAGUUUCUCCAGCAUGACCUUAGAGACCUGGCACAUGGAUGACCACCACCACGGACUGCAACGCCUGCCUGCAAUGGGCUUGAAAUCCUACUUAGGUUCUCUAGCUCAGCACCAAGGUCUGCUUAAAAGAAACACUGGGAUCAUCCAAAUAAAAAUAAAUUUGAAGUUAGCCUCAAGUCUGAAGCAGCAUGGUUGACUCAGUGCAUUUUCAAGAAACUAGAGAUAAGUCGAUCCAAUUUCUAAUGAUAUCUAUCUGUUACUAUAUAGUAAUGUUUGGAGGGCUGGUCAUGGUGGUGCACGUCUUUAAUCCCACUAUUUGGGAAGCAGAAACAGGGGAAUCUCUGAGUUCCAGACCAGCUUGUUCUACAGAGUGAAUUCUAGGCAUAACGAGACCUUGCCUCAAGAAAGAAAAGAAAAAAAGGAAGAAAGACCAGAGAUAAGUUGACCCAAUUAGUAAUCAUAGUUAUCUCUUACUGUAUUUGUACAUUAUUUGUUUAACUUGGAAGCAGUAAAUUUUAAUUUGUCUUUCAAGUAAAUUUCAAAGACAGUCACACUUUUAUGUAGUUGUGCAGUAGUGUUUUUUUUCCCUUAUAUUUUAAUACUUACAUGUUCUUUUAAAAGAAACUAAAAAUAUUAUCUUGCAUCUUUAUUGGCCAUAGUUUUGUUUUCCUCCGUCACAGGUUGGUGAGCUUUCUCGAGAGAUAAGGGUACUUAUUGUAGUGAGUCACUAGACAGAUGCUGUCUCCGAAGGCUGGUGAGAAAAGAAAGCCAGUUACAGGUGUUUGUGUUCACAUGGUUCAGUUUUCUUGUAUAUGCCUUCCAAGAAAAUCUGCUUUUAAGAUACAGAUAUUAAAGACAUCAUGUUUACACAAAAUGAUUUUUUUCUAUUAAAAAUUAGUUCAGUACACAUCCUAUCAAAUGCUUUUUACUAUGUUUUCCAAUUUUUGUUCCAAUAAUCAUCUGCUCAAAUGGACUAAUCUGUCAAUGACUUGAAGGACAGCACUGGUUCCAAAAAGUAGUAACCAGAUGGAAUUCUGGAAUUUACAGUCAUUGGUGCUAGAUGGCACAUUUCAUGUGUUGAUGAAAUAAACAUCAUUUUUAAAACCU